UGUCCUGUUAACAGCGUUCACACACCCAAAACCCUCAUAACACAAACACACAACGGGAAAAUAAUAACUCAUAUGUUUUGUGCAAUGUACUCAGCAGGUAGGAACAUGAAUGCUGCAGUUUCCACCCCUGAACCUCUGCUUGUACAGUCAAGGUCGCCAUGGUAACAGGGCCGGGCUCCCUGUGGCAACACACCACACCUCUGUAGUCAGGUUAGUUGAAAGUAUGGAGAGAGACAGGUGAGGUGCUAGAGACAGGUAAGGGCAAAGUGUAGAGAGCGAGACAGGUGAGGUGUCAUAGUCUACUCAUAAACUCAUAAAAAGCCACUGUGAUGUCAUCAAGUGAGUCUCCAGGUGUGCAGCAGCAGGUUUCUCAGUGAUCUUGGCUGUUUGUCCUGAACCCGUCUCACCUGUCUCACCUGUCUCACCUGAGCUGGCUGCUGCCGAGUGUGAGUGAGUUUCCUUACGGCUCCCUGAGCGCCGACCUUCGUACCUGCUGUAAGUGAAGAACUGACCAAGUCCUGAAAGGUUUGCUGCAGCAGCAGGAACAACAUGGACUCCAGAGAGGAAGAACAAGAAGACGACACCCCCAGGUCAUUUCUGUCAGCUGAGGACACUGAGAACGUCAACACCAUCAACAGUAUGACGACUAAUACUGCUGAACCUACCAAUACUACGACUGCUCCUAAGACUACUGUACCUGCUCAUAGUAGUUCAGGUGUUACUGUGACUCCUGGUGCUCCAUCCCAUGAUCAAACAGAGGCGGAGGAAGCAGGUGAACUCGCGAUAGGAAACAGUGUUGCCAUGGCAGUGAAAGGUGCUGAGUCAGCAGGAGCAGCUGAUGUCCAGUCUCAGCAGAAAUCAUUGACACCAGCCAAAGACAGACCAGAUCCUCCCAGCAGUCUGGCAUUAUCAGGGUCACAACCAGCGAAGAAGAAGGUCCUGGCGGCUCCUGCUCUCAGUCUGUCUUUAGAUCGCAGCGAGUCAACCAUCUCCGACGACUUCCCCUCGGCCUUCCUCUCCCUCUCACCUGAAGACGACGAUGACACAGGGCUUGACUUCGACCUGGACGCCAUGGAAACGCCCUCUGACAGCGAAUCGCUGCCCUUCCCCAUCUACGACCUGGAAGAUGACCUGCAACGUCUUGGCAUGGCAUCCCACCGUCGCAGACCCUUUGGCUCCGGUCUCAAGUCCAAUUCUGACUCUCAGACCUGUUCUGUACCAGGGCCAGACCAGAGUGGACUGGGAGCUCUGGAGAGGGAAGACAUGGUGGACAGUCAGGGCACCAGGUGGCGCAUUUUCUCUACAGGUGACCUCCCCCAGGAGAGCCGAGUCAACAUGAGCGUCCUGGAGCCGUUUCUGAGGGUCCUCUCCCACGGAGGUUACUAUGGAGACGGUAUGAAUGACAUCAUUGUGUUUUCCUCCUGUUACCUGCCUGAGAACAGUUUGGAGAAUUACCAGUAUGUGAUGGACAAUCUGUUCAGGUACGUCGUAGGCACUCUGGAUCUGAUGGUUACAGAAAACUAUGUGAUUGUAUAUCUGUGUGCUGGAGGACAGAAAGACAAACUGCCAGGUAUCAGCUGGCUCAAAGAGUGUUACACCACCAUCCACAGGAGACUGAGAAAGAACCUGAAGGGUUUCUAUGUGGUUCAUCCCACUUGGUACAUCAAGGCCCUCAUCACUAUCAUCAAACCCUUCAUCAGCUCUAAGUUCAGCAGGAAGCUCCAGUUCGUCGACAGCCUUCAGGAUCUUUCUCGUUUCAUCCCCACGGAGCAUGUGCAGAUCCCAGAUUACGUCAGACAGUACGACCAGAGCCUGUCCAGGUGAAACCAGCAGGUGGAGCUUUGACGUCUUGCUCAACCAGUGUUUAAGGAUUAAUGCUGGCUGUGAGAGUGAGCAGAUCUCUGCAGGUCCUGCUGCGUUUCCUGUCCCUCCACAGCUCGGCCUGUGAACAGUGUUAGUGCUGACUUUGGUUCCAGCUCUUCAGCUGCUCCGUGCCUUUUUAAAGUAAAAGCACUCAAUGCAACAAAAACAUUUCAAGCUGUUUUAAAUCAUUUUAUAUCUCAACAAAACACAGAGACACUGUCCCUUACUGUGAAGGUCCACAGUGAGACUGUCUCAGCACCAGAGGGAUCAAAUAUCUCGUGCAUGAUGUUCGUCUGGAAAACUGAGCGAACUUUACUCUGCAGGCUCCUUAUCUCAGAAACACACUCACCAGCUCUGACAGAGAUUCCUCAGUUAAAGCUUUCGUUUGAUGUGUUGACAUAUUUUUUCAUUACACAGAAAGUUUUAAUUCAUUCAGAAGUCAAAGUGUUUUUUCUGUCAGAUUUUGCAUCUAAUCUCUCCUCACUCUGCACUUUCAGUGUUUUCAGCAGGAGUUGAACCAUCAACCCUGCCAGGGUCAGUGCUUUACUUCAACACUGACAUCUGAAUAUUCCUGGUGCUGAAUAAAAUCCUGAUGGUUCAGUGUUUUGGUCUCUGCAGAUCUGUGUUUCCUGUGUGACGCGUCCAGAUUCUCCAGCUCUUCCUUCAGCUUUGAUGUUUCUGAAAACAUUUUAACAUCAUGUGAAACGAAAACACGUCUGACUGAGACAUUCUGGAAACGAUGAAGUCAGGAAAGGAGGGUAGUUUCCAUGGAGAUGUGAUUUAAUGUGACCUUGUUUGACAGAGUCUGAGAGUGUAAAGACAAACAGAGCCGUCGUACGAACAGGUGAAAGGUGGAGUCAAAUAAGAACUCAGAGACGGGAGGAGGGAGGAAGGUGCCUCCGGUACCAGGCAGAGACGUGUUUACACAGGAAACUCACCAGGGCGUGUGAAUGUGAGUGAUGUGUUACCAGUCAGGUCCAGUUUGUCCCAGUGGUCCGCAGCAGUACUGCAACAAAAACAUCCUGCCAGGCCUCAUUUCUGCCCGGGACAGGAGACGCAGCACGAACCAGAAGAAACUGCAAACCAGCUUCUUUAUGGUAGAAGAUUUGUCCCCAACUUACGUUUAAAUACAUGAUAAAUAAUGUAAACAAACACAGACGCUGAGGUGAAACGGAAAAAGUUAAAGAAAUAAAAACAGAGUCAUUUUAAA